AUGGUUGCUUGCAGAUACCGGAUCUACACUACUUUCAACAACAAGGAGCAUGAGCCCUGCCAUGGGGUCGGCAGUGUCAACACAAUCAGGACAUGGUACUACAAAUAUGCGAUCUGGGGCACUUCAAACAAGUUGGAACAUGAGCCCUGCCACAGAGUCGGCAGCGUCAGAAAGAGAAAACGGUUGCUUGCAGAUACCGGAUCUACACUACUUUCAACAACCAGGAGCAUGAGCCCUGCAAUGGGGUCGGCAGUGUCAACACAAUCAGGACAUGGUACUACAAAUAUGCGAUCUGGGGCACUUCAAACAAGUUGGAACAUGAGCCCUGCCACAGAGUCGGCAGCGUCGACACAAUUCGAAGCAGAACGCAACAAGUACAGUCAUUGA